CCGUGGUCAAGAGUCAAGUUGUCAAGUGUCAAGAUGGUGUCAAGACUGUCAAGUUAUCUAUGGUCUGUGUCUAUGGUUAAAUAAUGACAGAAUGACACGCAAUUAUAUUUUAGAUUGUUAAAAUUUUGAAGUUAUAGUUCUUUACGUUUUAUAUUAAAGAUUUAAAUACGUAAGUAUACAUACAACUAUCAAAAUGAGUGAGAAUAGUGAAAAUUCAACAAAUCAACCACCAAGAGGCUUAAAUUUCGAUGCCCUUAAAUCACACGUUAUAGCCCACAAAAUUGACUGUAGUCUUUGGGCUACUCGCAUGCUUCUCAUUCUCUUUUCAAUAGGAUAUUUUGUUCCAAUUUUUGGGAGUCAACAAAGUGCUUAUUACAAAGUUCUUAUAGCCAAUGCAGCUAUCAGUGCAUUAAGAUUGCACCAAAGGUUAGGAAGAGUCCAGUUUUCAAGACAGUUUUUAUCGGAGCUACUCUUGGAAGACAGUUGCCAUUAUCUGUUCUACUCAUUAAUUUUUAUUUAUGUGGCGCCCAUAAGCUUGGCUGUUUUGCCAGUUCUGCUCUUCGCUAUUCUACAUGCAGCUAGUUAUUCACUAACAUUACUAGAUACAUUAGGACAGAAUUCUUGGUGGGGCUGCAGAUUAUUGAUUUCUUUAGUUGAAUUUCAGUCACUAAAUAUUUUAAGAAUGGUAGCAUUUACAGAAAUAAUUUUGAUGCCUUAUAUAGCGUUUUUAGCAUUAACUGGACAAGCAGGUCUUCUCACUCCGUUCAUAUAUUACAAUUUUUUGUCACAAAGAUACACUUCAAGAAGAAACCCUUACACGCGGAAUAUGUUUCAUGAGUUGCGACUUUUGUUUGAAAAAUUUGCUAAUAAACCCAACAUACCUUCAUUUGUAAAGCCGAUUGUUUUGGGGAUCGUGAAUUUUACAACCAAGUUAGCUCCUCCAGUAGUUCAAGCACCACCAACUCACAGUCAAUAGAUUUGAAAUGUUCACUAAUUUCACAAUAAUAGUCAUGAAAUAGAAAUGGGGAAAUGGAAUAUAGGUACUUUGCAUUUUGUAAUGUCAUGUUAUGCCUGAAAGUGUUUUUGCAUAUAUUAUUUCAAUAUAUUUUUACAGAAGGCGUUCUUAUAAAUUACAAUUGUAACUGAUAAAUUAAAGUGUCUUAUUUGGUUAUUG